CCGUUUGUUUCUCAUUGAAUUCCUGUUUCGAUUUCUUAGCAAUAGUGUUUAUCAAAUUUCAGAUAAUCGAACCCUAACCCCAGGCCGCUAGGCAUAAACCCUUCCACAACCACCCCUUUCACUGUUCAUCUGCUUGGCGGGAUGCAGGCUCCCUUACCACCAAAGAGCAGGCUUGAAUUUCUGAAUACCAAGCCGCCUGCCAAUUAUGUGGCCGGGCUUGGCCGUGGUGCCACCGGUUUCACUACCAGAUCUGAUAUUGGGCCUGCCCGAGCUGCCCCUGAUCUUCCGGAUAGAUCUGCUAUUGGUGCCGGUGCUGCCGCACCACCUGCUGGGGUAGGUCGUGGCCGAGGAAAAGCAGGAGGCGGUGAAGAAGACGAAGAUGACGAGAAUGAUGAGAAGGGAUAUGAUGAGAAUCAGAAGUUUGAUGAGUUCGAAGGCAAUGAUGUUGGGUUGUUCGCAUCAGCCGAGUAUGAUGAGGAUGACAAGGAAGCCGAUGCCAUUUGGGAGGCUAUUGAUACUAGAAUGGAUUCAAGGAGGAAAGAUAGGAGAGAAGCUAGGCUGAAACAAGAAAUUGAAAAGUAUCGUGCUUCAAACCCUAAGAUUACUGAACAGUUUGCAGAUUUGAAGAGAAAGCUUCACACGAUGUCAACCCAGGAGUGGGACAGUAUACCGGAAAUAGGGGAUUACUCCCUGAGGAACAAAAAGAAGAGAUUUGAGAGUUUUGUUCCCGUUCCUGACACCUUGUUGGAGAAGGCGAGGCAAGAGAAAGAGCACGUCACAGCUUUGGAUCCAAAGAGCCGCGCAGUGGGUGGGACUGAAACGCCAUGGUCUCAAACCCCAGUUGCAGACUUGACUGCCAUGGGUGAAGGGAGGGGCACAGUGUUAUCAGUGAGGUUGGAUCGUAUUCUAGACUCUGUCACCGGACAGACUGUGGUUGACCCGAAAGGUUACUUGACAGACUUGAACAGUAUGAAAUUUAAUAGUGAUGCUCAGAUUUCAGAUAUAAAGAAGGCCAGGUUGCUGCUUAAAUCAGUCACUCAUACCAAUCCAAAGCACCCCCCAGGAUGGAUUGCGGCUGCCAGACUGGAGGAGGUUGCAGGAAAGCUGCAAGAUGCAAAACAAUUAAUCAAAAAAGGGUGUGAAGAAUGCCCCAAGAGUGAGGACGUAUGGCUGGAAGCAUGCCGGCUAUCCAGCCCCAGCGAGGCCAAGGCGGUAAUUGCAAGUGGUGUCAAGGUGAAUCCAACUUCAGUUAAACUGUGGCUGCAGGCUGCAGAGUUGGAAGAAGACACUUAUAACAAGAGCCUUGUUUUGAGGAAAGGGUUGGAGCACAUGUCAGACUCUGUAAGACUUUGGAAAGCUGUUGUGAUGUUAGCUAAUGAAGAAGAUGCCCGGGUUUUACUUCAAAGGGCUGUUGAGUGCUGCCCGUUACAUGUCGACUUAUGGCUUGCUCUUGCCAAGCUGGAGACUUACGACAAUGCGAAGAAAGUGCUUAAUAUGGCAAGGAAGAAGCUUCCUAAGGAGCCUGCUAUCUGGAUUACCGCAGCAAGGCUUGAAGAAGCCAGUGGGAAUAUAAACACGGUUGUGAAGAUCAUAGAAAGAGGUAUUAGGGCUUUGCAGAGGGAAGGCGUGGAAAUUGACCGUGAGGCUUGGAUGAAGGAAGCUGAGGGUUGUGAAAGAGCUGGCUCUGUCCUAACCUGCCAGGCUAUUAUCAGUAACACUGUUGGACUUGGGGUCGAGGAAGAAGACAGGAAAAGGACUUGGGUGGCUGAUGCAGAGGAGUGCAAAAAGAGAGGUUCCAUUGAAACAGCCAGACAAAUUUACUCUCAUUCCCUUACGGUCUUCCGAACGAAGAAAAGCAUCUGGCUCAAAGCAGCACAGCUGGAGAAAAGCCACGGAACAAGAGAAAGUCUAGAUGCCCUCCUCCGUAAAGCAGUUACUUACAUACCAAAUGCUGAAGUUCUGUGGUUAAUGGGUGCCAAGGAGAAGUGGCUUGCAGGAGAUGUGCCUGCAGCCAGGGCAAUUCUUGAGGAAGCAUUUGCUGCAAUCCCCGACUCUGAAGAGAUCUGGCUAGCCGCUUUUAAGCUUGAGUUUGAGAACAAAGAGACUGAAAGAGCCCGAAAACUGCUUGCUAAGGCCAGGGAUAGAAUACCCGGAUCUGAACGUGUCUGGAUGAAAUCCGCAAUUGUGGAGAGAGAAUUAGGGAAUGUGGAGGAAGAGAAAUCCCUGCUUGAUGAUGGGUUGAAACGAUUCCCUUCCUUUUUCAAGCUCUGGUUGAUGCUUGGGCAGCUUGAAGAACGUCUUGGGCAUCUGGAGGACGCCAAGAGGACAUACGAGUCCGGCUUGCAGAACUGCCCAAACUGCAUCCCCUUGUGGCUAUCUCUUGCUAAACUGGAAGAGAGGAUGAACGGUGGGCUGAGUAAAGCCCGAGCAGUUCUUACAAUGGCUCGGAAGAAGAACCCAAAGAAUCCUCAGCUGUGGCUUGCCGCUGUACGAGCUGAGGCACGCCAUGGUUAUAAAAAAGAAGCAGAUGUUCUUAUGGCAAAGGCAUUACAGGAGUGUCCUACUAGCGGCAUACUACUGGCUGCUUCAAUUGAGAUGGCUCCUCGCCCGCAGAGGAAAUCGAAGAGUUCGGAUGCUUAUAAAAAGUGCAAUCAGGAUGCCUAUGUUCUUGCUGCCAUUGCGAAGCUUUUCUGGAAUGACAGGAAGGUUGAUAAAGCCAGAACAUGGUUCAGCCGUGCUGUCACAAUCGCACCAGAUAUUGGUGAUUUCUGGGCUUCGUUUUACAGGUUUGAGGAGCAGUUUGGGUCUGAGGAUACACGGAAUGAGUUGUUGAGGAAGUGUGUUGCUGCAGAGCCUAAGCAUGGAGAGAAGUGGCAGGCUAUAGCCAAGGCAGUUGAGAACUCUCACAAGUCUACUGAUGAAGUCUUGCGUCAAGUAGUCGCUGCACUGAAGAAGGAAGAGAGUGUUACUGCUACUGAGAUCAGUGAGCAGUGAGUAGGUCUCUGACUCUGAUUUUGAAGGCAUUCAGUCCACUGGUUGGGUUGAGGCAGGUUGAGCAGGCCAGUCUCCUCCAGAAACGCCGUUCAUACACUGGCAUUGUAAGAGACUAAGAGCAUGCUGCCGUGAACUUUGCUCUUGUAAAUUGUAUGCCUUUACGUUGUCAGACUUGGAUGCCCAGCACUUUUCCAGCCAAGUGUCAAGUUCCCAAAAUAGUACCAGAGUUAAUGCAAGAGUUGUUGCAGAGAGUGUGUAAAUGGCUGCAACUCAGCACUUAGUGACAAAGGAAAGGAAUAGGAGUACUGUUAUCCAUUUAGAUGGGUAGAUGGGUAAUACUGGUGGAGCAAUUUAGUUACAAGUCUCUAAAGGGAAACUGUUAUAGCUGUGUUUGGAUUUUUUGGUAUCAGCCAUGUAUUUCCCUUCAUAUUGUGGCUGCAGAGUUGUAAAAUGUCACUAUACUGUACUUUGUAAUUAGCUUAUCAAGUUUUCAGAUUUUUGUUUUAGAAUUUUAUUUACUUUUAGGAGUUUUCCAACUAUACGUAACACUUUGCUUCAUAAAAAAAAACUACCGUGUAACACUUCCAAUA